UUAACAUUCGCACCUAUGGACUUAAUUGUUAUCAGAUAAGGCAACCAAAACAACUAUAGCAUGAAAACGGAUUAUGCGUAAAAUCGAUAGAUAGGCUAAAGUACAGAGAAAACCCACUAGGACGCACCUUCCUACGUUUAUUACUGUCCUACAAUAAAAUCGUUUUAAGAGGCGACUCUAUUGGAGUAGUUGCAUAUCAUUGGUACCUUUGCAAGGUAAGGAAACAGGUUGUGACAAGCAACAUUUCAGAGAGGGUAGAGAAAGGGAUAACGCGAGCAGAAAGUUAUAUAGCCUGACCAGUCAUCAUCAUGCCGAGGUAUAACUUUUUGCUGUGUUUGAUGGUUUAUAUUUGUCUGGGACUGUCCGGGAGUGACGAGCCUAACGUUUUUUUGCCACCAACGAGCGAGAUUCCCACGGACGACGGGCUUUCGCUCCUCGAUGAAGAAGUGGGCGCUCAUGGAUGUUCCGCAUGCGUUUGGCGAGAGCAAAGUAAAGUCCUGAGGCUGGAGACCAUCAAAUCUCAGAUCCUGAGCAAGCUGCGGCUCAAGCAGGCUCCUAACAUUAGUAGGGAGGUAGUGAACCAGCUGCUCCCCAAGGCACCCCCACUCCAGCAGCUUCUGGACCAUCACGAUUUCCAGGGAGACGCGUCCUCCCAGGAUGAGUUUAUGGAGGAGGACGAAUAUCACGCCACUACGGAGUCCGUCAUCACUAUGGCCUCGGAGCCGGAGCCCUUGGUGCAGGUGGAUGGCAAGCCCAGCUGCUGCUUCUUCAAGUUCAGCCCCAAGCUCAUGUUCACCAAGGUUCUGAAGGCUCAGCUGUGGGUGUACCUACGGCCACUGCAGCAGACCUCCACCAUCUACCUGCAGAUCCUCAGGCUGAAGCCCGUCACGGAGCAGGGCAGCCGCCACAUCCGGAUCCGCUCGUUGAAGAUCGAGCUCAACUCCCGCGUGGGCCACUGGCAGAGCAUCGACUUCAAAAACGUGCUGCAGAACUGGUUCAAGCAGCCGCACACCAACUGGGGGAUCGACAUCAACGCCUUCGAUGAGAGCGGCAACGACCUGGCAGUGACCUCGCUAAGACCGGGGGAGGAAGGGCUGCAGCCGUUCCUGGAGGUUAAGGUUCUCGAGACGACCAAACGUUCCCGACGUAACCUGGGACUGGACUGUGACGAGCAUUCCACCGAAUCCCGCUGCUGCCGCUAUCCGCUGACAGUGGACUUUGAGGCUUUCGGCUGGGACUGGAUCAUCGCUCCCAAGCGCUAUAAGGCCAACUACUGUUCAGGCCAGUGCGAAUACAUGUUCAUGCAGAAGUAUCCACACACCCACCUGGUACAACACGCCAACCCCAGAGGCUCAGCAGGGCCCUGCUGCACCCCCACCAAGAUGUCGCCCAUCAACAUGCUCUACUUCAACGACAAGCAGCAGAUUAUCCACGGCAAGAUCCCUGGCAUGGUGGUGGACAGGUGUGGCUGCUCUUAGGCCCAACGGAAGUCAUGCAUACUCAUGCACGCCCAACUCCACAUAAUUUCCACCCAAAACCCUAACUAAGCUCUCCUCUGGCACCAGACUUUAUCCCCCUUCUCUCUCCGCCACAAAACAUCCCACUGGACCUCCAUUCUCUUAGUUAUUCAUUUUAGUCAAACAUGUAAAAAUGAAAUAUGAAAUGAAGAUAGGACUGAGGCUGAGUGGUAGAAAUAUAUAUUGAAUAUUAUAAAGGGUGUGUGUCUGUGGAGCAGCUUGAGAAACGUAUGGUAAAUAAGACAAAACUAUGUUUUAGGUGUUUGUUCGUUUUGUGGUUGGUUUUCUUCAAAUAGUUUUUUGAAAGAAAAUGUCUAUCAGGUUUUUGAAAAGAUGGUGUCUUUGUUGAGAUGUCCUGGAUAGUGGAUCCAGGCAGAUGGAGGGAGACAUUCCUAAACAGUUACAGUAUAUUAUAAUUUUUCCACAUCAUUACUUCCAAGCAAAUUCAGUUCUGAGGUGAGGGGCCAAACUGUUUUAUCUGUUCAAAACGCUUUAUUCACAUAUUAUACUCCUAUCAAUGGGAUUUGAUUCACAACCAAGACAUUCAUAGACAGUGCCAAUAGAUGGGGACUUCGUCUACUAAUUAUCAGUGCUAUUGUGCAAUGCUUCACUUUUAGCAUCAUUACGUCAUUACAAAACAAAUCUCCCUUACUUGUCUACUUUUAGACUAAAAGUUUAUGAAAUGAAUCCAAAAUGUUGUUUAUGAAAAUAAUCAUGUUCUAGAGGUGUAAAGUGUUGAGAUCCAAAGCCAAACUCUGUGCCCUCUGAACCCUUUCACAGUUACUUUGAGAGAAAUAAGAAAAUAAAGAAAGGAGUUAUUUCACUACCUUUAAAGGGGCAGUGCAGUCAAAAACGUGA